AUGCUGAUCCCUGCUGUGCUGGGAGCAGCCAUCUUGUAUGCUUUCUCUGUUGUUGUAUACCGUUUCAUCAUCGGGCCUAUUUUCAUUUCUCCUUUGUCCAAGAUACCAGCAGCUCAUCCAACCUCAUCGUUGAGUUCUGCAUGGAUUUUAUGGGCACGAUGGUGCGGCAGGGAGAACGCAACUGUGCUUGCUGCACAUGAACGACUUGGCCCUUUGAUUCGUCUUGGUCCCAAUGAGAUAAGCGUGAACUGUGUCAAUGGAGGCAUUAGAACGGUGUACACCGGAGGAUUCGAGAAGGGCGGGUGGUACUCAAACGCCUUCUCAGCAUAUGGAGGAGUACACAACAUGUUCUCCAUGGAGAAGAGAGACGUCCACUCCGCACGCAAGCGCAUGAUCAGCAAUGUCUACGCCAAAUCGUCACUACAAGCCUCGCCGGCAGUUCGCGAGAUUUGCGACACAAUCUUGUGCCAUCGCAUGCUUCGCAGGAUCUCCGCUGCUCCCGAAGGUGUCUUGGAAGCCUACGAGCUCUUUUCUGCCGUGACUCUGGAUGUCGUGACCGCGUACAUCUUUGGUCUUGAGCAAGGAAGCAACUUCACAGACGACCCCGAGGUUGGCGCGAAAUGGCUCCAUGACUACAAGAGUCGCCAGCCAUACCUGUUCUGGAUCCAGGAGAUGCCUAAUGUCUUCCAACUCUUCUCAAAACUCGGGUUCGGUCAAUGGUUGAUUCCGGACUGGGUGGGUCGGAAGAGCGUGGCUAUCGAGGAUCAAUGCUUGGAGUGGUGCGAUGCCGCGGAAGCCGCGAUACUGUCCGGAAAAGCUACAGAAUCUGCUCGGUACUACCCCACUGUGUAUGGUCAAUUGAGAGGCAUGCUCAAGAAGCAGCAAAAGAGCACAGAGAACCGAGACAACCAGCUCAGCCAAGAGCAGAGGCUAGACCUAGCUUCUGAGAUGCUGGACCAUCUUGCGGCUGGGUUUGACACAUCUGGAAUCACAUUGACCUACCUGGCUUGGGAGCUUAGUCGUCCUUGCAACGCCGCAAUACAAUCAGCGCUGCGAAAGGAGCUGCUUUCGCUGCAUCUGAAUUGCCCUACGACGACCAAGGAGUCUGCCACAUCUUUGCCAUCCCUGAAGGACAUUGAUGACCUUCCAUUGCUCCACGCAGUAGUGAUGGAAACCCUGCGCUUACACGCUGCAAUCCCUGGAGGACAGCCUCGAGUGACACCAGCAAACACCACAUUGGGCCCGUCAGGUGCCGAAGUCCACGGCAUUCCAGCCGGUGUACGAGUUGUCUCAGCAGCGCACUCACUCCAUCGAAACCCCGAAGUAUUCUCCGAGCCAGGCUGCUGGCGCCCCGAGCGCUGGCUCGAUGAGAAAGGUGGUGUGGAUGGUGGUGGCGAGAAAGCACGAUGGUUUUGGGCCUUCGGUUCUGGCGGAAGAAUGUGUGUCGGAAGCAAUCUGGCAGUCUUGGAGAUGAAGGGAAUUGUGGCGGCGAUAUGGUCUAACUUUGAGACGACGAUAGUGGAUGAUGCCGGCAUGGAACAUGUGGAUGGUUAUCUGGCCGAGCCGCGGGGUUCAGAUGGCAGUUUUCUUCGUUUGCGUUGUGGAAAGAUCUGA